UGAUCCUUCAAUGAUUUCUUUUUAUUACCGAAGCAUGUGGAUUUGUUUUGAAACGUUGUAAUCUGACUUUAGACACAUUAAAUGACAAUCAGAUAUGGACAGAAUUGAAGAAAUACGCUCAAGAGUUGCAUUGCAUGAAUAUGGAAUCGACAACGUCCACACUACAGAUUUUCCAGGAAAUUAUGCCGGCUAUGAUGAUUCAUGGAGUCAAGAAAAGUUUGAAAAGAAUUUCCGUAUUGAUGUAAAGAAGUUAGAUGGAGAUGAAUUAGAGUUUGAUAUGAUUGGAAUUGAUGCUGCCAUAGCCAAUGCCUUUAGAAGAAUAUUACUAGUUGAGGUACCGACAAUGGCUAUAGAGAAAGUAUUUAUGUAUAAUAAUACUUCUAUAAUACAAGAUGAAGUAUUAGCACAUAGAUUAGGUCUAAUACCCAUCAGAGCUGAUCCUAGAUUAUUUGAAUAUAGGGCUGAAGGUGAUAUGGAAGGUACAGCAGAAGAUACAAUAGAAUUUCAGUUGAAAGUUAAAUGUUCUAGAAAUAAAGAAGCUAAAGAGGCAACUGCUCCUGAUGAAAUGUAUAAAGAUCAUAAAGUAACAACAAAAUAUUUAAAAUGGGUACCUGUAGGAAAUCAGUCAGAAAUAUUUAAAGAAGGUGAUAUAAAACCUGUACAUGAUGAUAUACUUAUAGCUAAAUUACGACCAGGACAGGAAAUGGACAUUACAAUGCAUUGUGUAAAAGGUAUUGGUAAAGAUCAUGCAAAAUUUUCACCUGUCGCUACAGCAUCCUAUCGUUUAUUACCAGAAAUAAUAUUAACUGAACCUAUAGAAGGUGAACGAGCUGAAAGAUUACAAACAUUAUUUUCACCUGGUGUUAUACAAGUAGAAAAUCGGAAAGGUAAAAAGCGAGCAAAAGUUGUUCAUCCUAGAAGAGAUAUGUGUAGCAGAGAAGUGUUUCGACAUGACGAUUUAAAGGAGUGUGUUAAAUUAAAUCGUGUCCGAGAUCAUUUUAUAUUUUCUGUAGAAUCAACAGGAAUUCUCCCACCAGAUGUUCUGGUCUGUGAAGCAGCCAAAGUUUUGAUGGCGAAAACAAAAGCUUUUUUAAUAGAAUUACAAGAUGUGGAAAUUGGUGGUAGAAAAGACACUUGAUAAUAAAAUAUUUGUACAUUA